GCCACCGGCCAAGUAGGUACGGAAUGGCGCCCAGCGCUCGAUCCUAGCGGCAGGAAAACACAACAUUGGUGAAGAUUCUUAUGUGACUGAGUUAUAGAUUUCAACACAAUGGCGCCGGACGAAAGGUUCUAUUCGAAAUAUAGCGGCAGGCGAGAUGACGGACAAGAGUCAUCUGACAAUUCGGACUCGGAGAGCAGUUCAGGAAGUAGCAGUAGCAGUAGCAGCCAAGGUGGAAGCAGAGCUGGAAGUCGUUCCCCACCACGUGGCCGUUCACCAUCCCCAGCUGGCAGCAACAGGAGUAGGUCACCGGGAAGUAACCGCGCUGGCAUGGGGAGCCAGGCUAGUGGCUCCUUUGCUAGUCCAAGAAGCCCAGACAGUAGAUCUUACAGUAGAGCCAGUGCUUCCCCAGGUAGUCCUAAAAGUGGUGGCAGCAGGUCUCGAAGUAGAAGUAGCCUUUCUCCUCCAGGAAGCCCCAAAAGCCCACCAAGUAGCCCCAAAAGUCCCCCCAGCAGCCCCCAGUACAGGGGAAGUGAGUCUCCAAGAAGUCCUAGGAGUGUUUCAAAAUCAUCGCCACGCAGUAAAUCUGGAUAUGGGGAUGACUCCCCAGACAGGUCAAGAGGUGGCACACAGUCACCAAGUGCCAGUGUUGGCAGUAGAUCGCCUGUUGGUUCUAGAGGCAGGAGCAGAACUCCUAUGUCUAGAGAAGUGAGCCGAUCUCCAAGAGGUUCUUAGGGGACCAAGUACUUCACCCGUAGCGUCGCGUACAGGCAGUCAUUCACCGCAUUCAAGAUCAGAAGCCGGUCUGUCCACUCGAGGCAGGGCAGUAGGUCUCCUGGGAAGUCCAGAAGUGGAAGCCCUUCGCCUCCUCGGUCACAAACAGGAAGUAAAUCACCUCGCUCAAGAGCCAGCAGUAGAUCAAGAAACAGAUCUCGAAGUGGUAGUCGCUCACCCAGCAGAUCAAGAACUGGUAGUCAUUCUCCAGCAAGAUCGAGAGCUAGUUUCCGAAGCAGCAGAAGUCCUAGGAGUGCGAGUAGAACCCCAGCUAGGAGUCAAAGCAGAACUCGAGAUAGAGCCACAGCAGAACUCGAGAUGGAGUCAAAAGCAGAGCUCGAGAUAGAAGUCAAAGCAGAACUCGAGAUAGGGAGCCACAGCAGAACUCGAGAUAGGAGCCACAGCAGAACUCCAGAUAGGAGCCAUAGCAGAAUACAGACAGAGACCAUAGCAGAACUCCAGACGGACGCCCAAGAAGCCCAAAGUCUCCAGCCAGCAGUAGAGGAAAUCGUUCACCCACUGGUAGUAGGAAGAGUGAGAGAUUCAGGUUCAAGGAAAGGCUCGGAUGAUGACAGCGAUGUUGAUAUUGGAAGGAAACGGAAGAGAGCGGUCAUGAGCGAUGACUCGGACGACGAAAAUGCCAAGAAGGCUAGAUCUGAUGAGGAGGAGGACAUGGAUGUUGGAGAUCUGUUCGGUGACGCUGACGACAUCAGCGAUGACGAGGAGGACAAGAAGAAGGAGAGUGACGACGAUCGGAGGCGGUCUCGGUCUCGGUCUCCCCGGUCUCGGUCCAGAUCCAGGUCCAGGUCUCGUUCCCGUUCCCGUUCUCGGUCGGGGACUCCUCGUACACCGAGGCCUGUUAUUCAGGAGGAUGAAGAGAAGGAAGACGAAGGUCCUCCCCCGGAGACCAGAAUCGAUGCAGAGAUCCCCAAAAUCAACACCGACUUGGGACGUGACAUGCACUUCGUCAAGCUGCCCAACUUCUUGUCUGUUGAAACCAGACCCUUUGAUCCGGAGUUGUACGAAGAUGAAAUUGAUGAUGAAGAAACGCUAGAUGAAGAAGGUCGUGCAAGGUUGAAGCUGAAGGUUGAAAACACAAUAAGAUGGAGAAUCGACUUCGACAAAGAAGGCAAUGCCAUUCGCGAGAGUAAUGCGAAGCUUGUCCGUUGGUCUGACGGCUCUAUGUCCUUGCAUCUCGGUUCUGAAAUUUUUGACGUCUACAGGCAACCUCUGCAGGGUGACCACAAUCAUCUGUUCAUUAGGCAAGGUACUGGUCUCCAAGGUCAAGCCGUCUUCCGCACAAAACUGACCUUCCGUCCGCACUCAACCGACUCGUUCACCCAUCGCAAGAUGACCCUCUCCUUGGCCGAUCGAUCAUCUAAGGCAGUUGGAGUCAAAGUCUUAUCUGCUGUGACCCGUGAUCCUGAGUCAUCUCGAGUGGAAAGUAUCAGGAGAGACGAAGACCGUCUUCGAGCUUCCAUGAGGCGCGAAGUCAAACAGAAGCGUGUGAGAGAGAAAGCUUCGAGCCAGGGCCUGUCAGCAAAUUACUUGGAGCCUGAUGCUUAUGAAGAAGACGAUGAAGGUGGAAUAUCUCUCUCGGCCAUCAAGAACAAAUUCAAAAAUAAGAAACAGAAUGCGCAAAAUAUCUACUCCUCAGAUGAGAAGGAAUCGGACAUUGAGACAGGCAAGGCCAAGAGACUGGAGAGAGCCAAACACACCAUCAAGGACUCUGACGAUGAGUCCAGGAGUGGCUCCGAUAGCGACAAGGAAAGCAGAGGCGGCAGCAGCGAGAAGAGCCGCAGCAGGAGUGCCAGCAGGAGCAAAAGUAGGAGCACGAGCAGGAGCAAGAGCAGGAGUGCCAGCAGAAGCAAGAGCAGGUCUAGGAGCAGGAGCAAGAGCAAGAGCAGGAGCAAGAGCAGGUCUAGGAGCAGGAGUAAGAGCAGGUCCCGCAGCAGGAGCGGCAGUCGUAGCAGGUCAGGAAGCGCGAGUCCAAGCAGGAGUAAGUCUGCUAGCAGGAGUAGGAGCAGAAGCAGGAGCAAGAGCGGGAGUGGCAGCGAUAGUGGAGGGGGAGGGAAGUCGUCUGGUUCGGAUAGCGAUAGUGAGUAGGUUAAGUCUCGUCCCUGUAAAUUGAUUUGUAGUUAGGUUACAUUAAUAUUGUAAAGUAUAUUUGAAAAAAGCAAUGAAUAUGAAUGCAAGUGGUUAUAGUUUCAAUUGUAAAGGGCCUUUUGUUAUUUUUCAUGUAUUUCCUUAUACAAGGAAGGACAUAUUAGGCUUAAGAAGUAUCAUAUGAUUAGUUUUUGUGUGCAUCUGGUAAAUGACUUGUGCACGACUGGUUUUCGCGAAGUGUUGUAUCUUCGUCAAAAAGCAGACAUUUUAAAGAAGAGAGAAAGUUUCUUGCAUUACUGCAAAGUGUUGUAGAUAAAAUAUUACAUAAAGAUGUUUGGCAUAUCACUUUAUAUUCAUAAUAUAGUAUCACAUUUGAAUAUAUUACCGAAUUCUGUAUACACAGGGAUGAGUGAGUGAUAAGUGAGCAAUUUUUUCUCUACAAAACAUUCGCUGUAAAAGUCUCACAUAGCAGAAUUGAUGCCAUUUGCUGCUUAUUAAAAAAAUUGUGAUUUCAACUGAUAUAUAGAAGUUAAGAAGGACAUUUCAAACAAGAAUACUGCUGUAAGUGAUCUAUAUUUUUGAGAUGUCCGACACAUGUGCUGUACUUUAAAGAGUAAAAGUGUACUUCCACUUAGUAGAAACGUGAAAUAAAGUGUUGAGUUUUGAUA